AUGGAGAAGGGGCUUCUGAACGGUGGAUCUUCCUUUAAGCGGAAGUAUCAUCGCGCGAAUGAGCAUGCACAGUAUGAAAUACCCAAGAGUAGGCUCUUCCACCUGGUAACGCGAAUUGGUAUAUCGAUUAUAAGCAUCCUGGUAAUUUCCCUUUUUGUGAAAAGCAACAGUAACAGUAACAUCAAUAUGAAUACCAAGAGUGCAAGGGAUAUCCCCAUCAUGACCACCAUAGACGAUACGACAAGCGAGCUACUGAACUCCUUUGGGUUCCCCCCUAACAGCAAGGAAGUGGUGUAUAGCAAUUUAGAAAAAUGGGGCUUCAACUUAUCUGACAUUGCAGACGCAGAAGUCAACAAGAAUUAUGAAGAAGCUAAUUUGGACAAUUAUAAAUAUUCAAUAAGAACAUACAAGAAUAUUUUAUUUUCUUUCUAUGAAAAAAAGGAAAGUAGCCAAAUAGAAAAAAAUUCCCUUUUGUACACAUACCUGGAAAUACUUGAAAGGAAAGAAAUAAAUACUUUUUACGACUUUUUGCACCAUUUUCUGGUACUGCAAGAUUUGAAUUGCUUGCCUGUUAAUUACAAAGGGAUAUACACAAAUGGGAAACUGUUCUUAUCAAGUCAUAUGCAAAAUAUAACCAAGGUGGAGUUAAGCAAUGUGCAGACAUUGAUUAAUGAAGGUCCAUAUCUAUAUGUAACAUUUCAUGGAGGAAGGAAAAAAAAUUCCAUUCAUAAUAUCUGUAAAUUUUCCAGGGAUGGUUAUUAUUUAGGAUCUGUCCUAUUACCUUUUGAAGAAAAAGGAAAAUUUUUUAAUUGCAUAAGUUUAAGGGGAUUGCUAAUUCAUGAAAAUGGCCUGUAUGUUACCGAUUCCUUUAAAGAAAACUCCAAAAUAUUUCAUUUUAGUGAAAGUAUACAAGAGUUAUCAAAUAGGAGGGCCUAUAUUUCUACCUUUAUCCAACAAGACCCACAGAAUAACCCACUCAUGAUACAUCCAUAUGGUAUUAAAAAAAAUGAUCAGUACUUUUACAUAAGUUCUCAGAAUACUGGUACUGUCCUACGCUUUGAUGUUGACAGUGGGGAACUCGGUCAGCCAAUAGAUUUCUAUAAAGACGUAUCAAAUGGGCUAGUUAUAAAGCUUAAUAGAAAUGAAGAAAUACGUGGACUCGAUUUUGACACCAUGGGGAAAUGCUACGUUUCGAAUAAACAAACUGGGGUUCAUGUAUAUGACCAGAAUUUUAAUUUAAUAAAAAUUAUUCCAGUUUUUUCCCCAAUUUCCAUUUUAUUUCACAAAGAAAAUGAUCAUAUUUUUGUCGGUAGCUCCAAAACGCAUGAUAUUAAAGAAUAUGACAUUAACAAUUUUGAGCUAAUUAAAGUGAUCAAGCAUCCUCUUCUUCGACACGUGGCGGGCAUCAUUAUUCACCAGGAUUCCAUCUUUGCAGUCUCACAGAGGAAGAACAAACUCCUUGAAUUUUCCAUUUCGACGACACUCCUAAAGAAGGUGCUCGUAGACGACUUCGCCGAUGUGGGGGAGCGCGUCAUGCUAUCCCUUACUUGA